GCCAAGUACUACUUAACGGUGAACAACCCUAGCAGCUUACAGUACUUCUCGAAGCGUAGUCUCUGGCACGUAUCAGUCAUGUCAAAGACAGAACGCGAAGAUGCUAUAUCAGCCAUUACAUCCAAGAUCUUCUCAGCCAUGCUGGAUGACCUGGCAAUGGAUGCGGCACUACAGGCGCACCACCAGCUUCUGCGCAGUAGAGCGGUUUGUUGCAUAUGUCACACACGGUGUGGCUUAGUUCAUCCAAAUGGGGCCCAGACUGUAACAUCAUCUAUCCUUCACGGCGAUGUCGGAGGAAAGACGACUUCAAGUACUGGAACCAACACUCCGAACGGAAGUAAAUCCGACGGCAACAUUUUGUUUGAAUGCAUGGUCUGCAAGCGUCAAAUCGCUUCUAAUAGAUUUGCCCCACACCUCAGCGCUUGUAUGGGGACAGGGACCGGAAGCAGGCGUGCGGCUCCUCGUGGAACAAAUCUUAAAGCAAAAAUUCCCAUCGAACCUGGCCGGUCAGCGUCUCCAUACCCAGGUUCAGAGAAUGGCAAUGUUUCAGAUGAUAACUCGAACGGUAAGGGCAAGGCAAAGAACAAAGGAAAGCGAGCAGAUGAUACAGACUUCCAUCUGAAGCGAAAACGACCCAUAUCGCCUCAGACAUCACCAACGAAAAAACCCACGAAGAAACUCAAAACAGCAGGGUCACCGGUGUCUCGCCUUAAAGCAGACCCUGACAGCAGCGGCACAAUUCCAAGCAACACUCUUCAAGUGCCUUCGUCGUCUUCCCAAUCCAAAGUCCCGUCGAAACUUCGUUCCUCGUCUACUGCUUCUUUCCUUGAACGUGAACGUGAUCGCUCUUCUACCCCAGGUUCUCAAUCAUCUGUUGGCACGCCCAUUGCGUCAACGUCGUCCGCAAUAUCAGCGAGGAGCGUUGCAGGUACAGGUCCGCCGAGACGUGGGCGUCCCAAGGGUAGUAAGACAGGGACAGGCAGGGGUGCGUUGGCUGCCCAGCAGAAGCGCCCGAGUCCCCCAAGACCAUUACUUCCCCCGCCACCGCCACCGCCACCAGCGCCUGCUGUGAGAAUUGAACAAGACUAUCUUGUCGACGUCGAAGGAGACGAGACUGGGUCGUCGACCGACACAGACGGCUGAUCGCCACUUUUUUCGGUCUCGCCAUUUGCUGCGCGUGCGAACACUUCCUAUCUAUUGCUGCUCACACAUGGAUCUGUCCAGUCAUGCUGUGUGCCAUGUUUAUGAAAGCAAGGUCAUGAUACCCUACUAAUCUGUAAUACUCUCCGCUGACAAUGUUGUUGUUACAUAUGUUAUGUGUUAUAUGUUAUAUAAGAUGUGG